UGAGCAAAGUCUCAGCUAGAGAUCGGUGCUGGUUGUUACUGAAGAGGAAUCUAUCUUUUGUGUAGACAGUGCUACUAUCUUGUCCGACUGAUUCUCAACUAUACGUGCAUUUUCUAGGGCAAUUCCUGGCCUCUCGCGCUCGAAUGUGUAUCGCCUAUCUUAAUGCACAGAGAAGGUCAUGGGAUACUAAAUCUGAACUCUUUGCGACUUGACAUCACUGAUCGAGGCGAAGGAAGAUGGUUAGUUUGCGUUCUUCAGCUCACAUGGGUUCGCUCUUGGCUGACGUCGUUAAAGGGCCUUCUUUACAUUGACCGGCAGAGGACUUGUGUACCUGUCCUAUCUCAGUUGCGAGGCUGAAUGGCUGUCGUAUGGUGUGAUUAUUUUAUUAACUUGUCUUCAGGUUACGGGAUCACCAGAUAAAAAGAACAGCCAAGCCUACACGAGGAUUUAUACCAAUGUCGGAGUACAUCAAAGACAAACAAGUGUGUGAAUAUUUGUUUUUCAAAAAGUCUGUGUUGGCAAUAAGCUGGUUUCUAACACCCAGCAUUUAAUUCGAGCGGAAGGGUUGGCGUUCACCCAAAUCUCAAAACCAUUGACUAGACUAGACUAGAACUUCUUGAAGAGUAAGGAUUGUUGUCUUUGUGACGAAAUCAAAUUCCUCCGAAAAGAAAUUUUCGCUGGCAAGUCAACACAAAGCAAACAUGGAUACAUCUUUUAUAUGGGACGAUAAACCACAGACGAUCAAGGAGAUUUUAUCCUCGGAAUUCCUACCGCAGGUGAUAAAGGCAGCCCGUGAUGGGAGUGGCCAUACAGACCCGUCCCAAGACAUCCUGGUCCUUUUCAGGGAUGUCUCCGGAAGUCGAGUUUUAGCCCGUGUACCCACGCCCAACCCGUCUGAAAAAUGCCUAGCGUUCAUACCUACGGAAUAUAAGGGUUGGUUCACUUUUGAAAGCAACUCUCCUGACCAGGUUAAUGGCAUUAGGUCGAUUUCCAAAGUGCUGGAAAUCAUGCCACGUGUUUUCCUUACGUGCACGGAGAUAACAUGUUAUUACGAAUUGUCACGACCCGAGAACGGCGCCGAUUAUGUCAAAGGUCACAUUGACGGUAAUGAGUGUUUGACAGUGAACUCUAUGUACGAAGGUUACAUCAAAUAUAGCAAUCUGAGAGGGAAGGUCAAACGAAAGCUGGAAAGGUUCUUGAAGGUUUCUACGAGCAGCAGAAAAAUUGCUUUGUUGCGAGUUAAACAAGAGGGGCAAUUUUACAUUGUAGACCUGGGGAAAAAUCGCCAUACCGAUGCGUAUGAUACCGUAAGCGUACAUAGAGUGAAGGAGGUCCUUACAAGAACAGAGUUACCGGUAAGAGUAUAUCCAAUAGGUGACAAGAAUGAACUUAAGUUCACAAAGAAAACCAAGCGACAACAAGACAAUAGUAUUGAGUUGUUGGAAACUGUGCCCUUCAAUGCCGUCGUAGCAUGCACUCUUCACUCCCGUGGGAAUCAGUUGAUUGAGUUACCGUUACACACAGAGGUGAAAUAUCAAAGAGCAGUCCAGACCCCACCGGCCAAAAGUCACGAGGCUUUAAGGAAAACUUUGAUUUUUGCUGACAGCCACGUGGACAAGUUUCUUGCCAAGAUCACGUACAAGCCGCUAACAAAUGGAACUUCAUAAAGCCCUUGGUGAACGCUGAGAAGAAUGCAAUGUCGUGUAAAUUAUCAGCAGAUGAAUUGACGUCCCCUUUCCACAAUACUGAUGGCUGAGUUCAACAUUGAGACUUGACAAUAUAAUUUGUAAACAACCAUUACACUAAAUGACUCCAUGUAGAAUGUUCAGUUUACCCUUAUGGACACACAGCUGGUAGAAUCUUUCCCUCAGCGGUAAUAAUCAGUUAGGAAUGUCUUCACUGUGUGUAUGGAAUUAACACUGUCCUUUUGAAGGAAUGUACAACAAUUAUUAUCUUGUUGCCUCUGAUAUGUGCGAAUGGCAGAAUGUCGUCUUGAUACAGGGUAUUACCUCUUCCGUUAAUCUAAAAAUCCACUAGGUUACCUUUGACGCCGACAUGUUUAUAAUAGGAUGUCAUCUGAAAAUUAAUGAAACAAGAUUUCCCGACAACGAUGAAUUUUACAGACAUUUUCUUGCGGGGUAUGUUUCACGAAUUUGAAGAAGGAGCUGGGCGUGGAAGACCUUGUUUCCUUCACUGUGUAAGCUCAUUCUUGCCCUACACCAGAGGUCAUCAUUUUAUCUAAUUCAGGGCUGACUGGCAUAUUGGUUUUAAUUCAAAUAUGUGGAACAUUUUAACCAAUAAAGUGCUAAAGGGAAGAAUCUGUCGUUACCAAUGAGAGUAUCCGACUAAAGUCGAUCUGCAGACGUGAGGUCACAGAAUGACCUAGCUUUGAUUAACCUGUAACUCGGAGGAAUUACAAGCACCGCUCCUUUUGGUCUAUGAUUAUACUGCAACGAAGCAUGAGAGAACGGCGGACAUUAUGAAGGUGUGUAGGCUGCUUCUGUGUCAGUUCUGACCACUAAGCCCGUGUAUUCAUGCCUAGGCAUGCGGACAGGCGCCAUGGUAUUUUCAAUCCAUAUGCAUCCACUUCAUCGCUGUAGACGAAGUGACUCAUUCUUCAGGAAGGCUUAGAUAAAGUAAACAAACUUACGAAAUGAUAGAACAUUUGGCACGACGGAGGGUUUGGAAAAGAGAAAUGACAUUAACCUAAACAGAAUGUAGAUACAAACUAUAUAAACUGUCAUCAUGGCUAUGUCAAAUCCACUUGAUGCUAACAGUACAAGAUGCAGUGGUCCCGUUUUAUGUCGGGUGCAACAAGUGUACUAGAAAUUUCUAGAGGACUUCCACAUCAGCAACUUAAGGCUCCUGCAUGGUGUCACAGAUGUUAUCAGUUUUAAGUACAGAAUGAAUAAACGUAUAUAGUGAAGAUAAUGUAUGAAUGCAUAUGCUUCUAUUUCUGCUGAUUCUAGAUGUUUCCCCUCAAUUUAUCUAUUUAUUUAUUUGACUGGUGUUUUACGCCGUUCUCGAGAAUAUUUCACUUAUACGACGGUGGCCAACAUUAUGGUGGGAGGAAACCGAGCAGAGCCCGGGGAAACCCACCACCAUCGGUAGGUUGAUGUCAGACCUUUUCACGUAUGGCCGGAGUGGAAGCCAGCAUGAGCUGGACUUGAACUCACAGCGACCGCAUUGGUAAGAAUUUCCCCUCAAUGACAAUAUUGGAAAACAUAUCACAUCAUAUAUAAGACUUAUAUGCGUCAAGAAAACAGCCACUGUGUCGCGAUGGUUUAAGUUAUACCAGCUUUACACAGUACUGUGUGGCGAUGCCUUGUUAUACCAGCUUUACAUAGUACACUAUAUACUUUCACAAAGAUGUCGAGUAAUCUAGUCUUUUCGCUGAUAUUGAUUUAUUUUGACUCCAUUUAUCGCGAAACAGAAGGCUGUGUGAGUUGUAUGACGGUGGUCAGCUGGAGGAGUGAAGAACACUAGACAAAGCACCUCUCCAGUUACCCACCAAUUCUCCUGACAUCAAAGUCAUUCAGGUGGAAUCAACUAGCCGACCUCUUUGUUCAAGCGCUAGAUACAGUACUGAUGGUCUUUGCUGCAGAGCAUACUUUCGGGUAUAGUCAAAGAGCGAUCUACACCACCACCACGAUUUUAAGUUUAAUCGACAAAGGCACCAUGGAAUAGUAUGUCAUACAAAGUAAUACAAUGAAGGGGCACCUGCCUAGAUGUGUAUAGCUACAAAUACAGCACUUCUACUGAUGAGCAAAUCGAAGGAGAGCUACAGAGUGAAA